AUGCCCAAUUGCACUUGGCUAUACUCUUUGCCCUCCACCACGUACCAUCCGGCACAGCAGCAGCAGUCGACGGCAUCGACAACUGCUCCGACCCAUCAUCACCCGCAGCAACAUCCUCCUCAUCAUCAUCACCAUGGUUCCGUUUCGGGCACAGGUGCCGCACUCCUGGGCUCAACUGGCUCUGGUGGUGGCAGCCAACAGCAGCAACAACAAACCAUCGAGAAGCUUUCAAGGCCCAUGGCCUUUGAUAAGAUGGAGUUGCUGGUGCGCGAGAUGCAGGAUCAGGAACACGGGGUGCCUGUACGACAGCAAAAGAUGUUUCUUACCUCCAUUCCCUAUGCGUUUAUGGGCUACGAUCUUAUAGAAUGGCUAAUGGAUCGACUACAAAUCGAAGAGUCCGAAGCAUUGAAUAUUGCCAAUCAAUUGUGCCUUCAUGGCUAUUUCUUUCCCGUUAACGAUUCCAAGACGUUAGCUGUCAAAGAUGAUUCGUCGCUAUAUCGCUUCCAGACCCCAUACUAUUGGCCAUGGCAGCACAAGGCGCCCGAUAAUGUUGAGUAUGCCAUCUAUUUGGCCAAGCGUUCUCUACGCAAUAAGCAGCGACACGCUCUGGAGGACUACGAGGCGGAGGCUUUGGCCUCGUUGCAUAAAAAUCUAAAAGGCAAAUUGGAUUUCAUUUGGGUUGCGCUCGAUAAUGUGACUCGUUACUUUUUAAUGGGGAACCUGGUUCUUUUUUUACAAAAUCUUUUAGUUCCUAGGUUUAUGUCUCUUUGGUGUCUUAUCGAGAAAUGCUUGUAGAAAAUCAAGCAACAACUCUUGCUGAUGUGUUACGCCGCUCUUAAGCUAAUAGACGGAUUUCAAGAUUG